CCGUUCACCACUACCUGAGCCUAACACAUCUACCAAGCCAAACGAUCACAAUGACCCGUCAAUUCUUCGUCGGAGGGAACUUCAAGCUGAACCCCAUCACCCUGGAGUCGAAGAAGUCUCUGAUUUCAGGACUCAACAAGGCUGAGCUCGAUCCCUCGACCGAGGUCGUUAUCGCACCACCCUCGAUCUACCUGAUCUCGGUCAAGGAUAUCGUUCGCAAAGAUGUUAAAGUGGCCGCGCAGAACUGUUACUUCAAGGAAUCUGGAGCGUUCACUGGAGAGAUCAGCCCCAAGCAGCUUGUAGACGCCGGGAUCCCAUACGUUAUCCUCGGUCACUCUGAGCGCCGCACAAUCUUCAAAGAAACCUCCGAGCUCAUCGCAACCAAGACCCGCGCAGCCCUCGACGCAGGCCUCAAAGUCAUCCUCUGCAUCGGAGAAACCCUCCAGGAGCGCGAAGCAGGAAAGACUGCAGAAGUCUGCGAAGAGCAGCUGAAAGCCGUCGUUGAGGUUCUCAAGGAGGCCGACUGGAGCAACGUCGUGAUUGCAUACGAACCCGUGUGGGCUAUCGGCACCGGUAAGGUCGCCACAUCCGCGCAAGCGCAAGAGGCGCACGUCGACGUGCGCGCCUACCUCGCCAAGGCCAUCUCAGCGGCCGUAGCGAACGACACUCGUAUUAUUUACGGAGGAAGCGUCACUGCGGUCAACUGCAAGGAACUUGCAACUCAACAAGACGUUGAUGGAUUUUUGGUUGGAGGGGCCUCGCUCAAACCGGAAUUCGCAGAUAUCGUAAAUGCCAAGAAAGCGUAGAGCCCCUGGAAGGGUUUUUGAGAGGGAAAGUUGUACUUUAUAGGAUUCCAUCGCUUUUGUAAAUCAAAAUCAAAGAGACGCUAG